CAGCCAAACAAACCACCAGGACAGUAACACCACAAAAUUAUCAUGGCUAUUCAUAUCUCAUGAAGGGAUUUCUCAUUUUCAUUUGAGAGAGUUGAGGUAAAAAUUGACGCUUUAAACUCAGUGGAACGAUAAAAAUAUGCCCUUUGGUAUGAUUCACAGGUGUUUCUUUUCAUAUCUAAGAUUACCCAGAAGAGGAAUAAACAGGGUUUUGUGUAGCCAAGCCUAUGUUCCUAGUAAUUCCUUUUCCCCAAAAAAUUUGCAUUCUUUGCUCUCAUUAGUUUCAUAAUUUUGAUGGGUUCUUGUUGUUCAAGAUGAUAAGGUGUAUCUCACAGAAAAACAUAAUAACGUUGAUAUUAACUCAAAACUUAAGAAUGCGAUGCCGAACUGCAGCUUGUUGGGAUAAUUUGCAACGAUCCUUGCAUUUCCGGACAGUAUACUCGCUGGUUUUGUCCAAAGGGAUUUUGCAAUGUGGAGGUGUUUCCGGGGUAAUUUUGGAUGGGCUGGCCUGGUGAUACCUUCUUGUAGAAGUGGUUCUGCUUCUUGUAGAAGUGUUUCUGCUUCUUGUAGAAGUGGUUCUGCGUCUUGUAGAAGUGGUUCUGCUUCUCGUAGAAGUGGUUCUGCUUCUUGUAGAAGUGGUUCUGCGUCUUGUAGAAGUGGUUCUGCUUCUCGUAGAAGUGGUUCUGCGUCUUGCGUCUUGUUGAAGUGGUUCUGCUUUUGACUAUCAAAAAGAAAAAUUGAAAGUUUCAAACCUUCUAUGCCAAGUUUUCCUUCUUAUAAGUUCAUAAUUCAUUUGCUAAACCAUUUCACUAAUCUAGAUUCAAGUUUCCGUGUGUUAUAUUGUUAUGUGCUUUUCUCUGACCUGAAUUAGGUGUAUGCAAUUUCUUGGUCAAUUGAUAACUUCAAUUUUAGGCGUUUGCAGACAGCAACAACAUUAGAAAAGUUAUGUCAUCGAGAGAAAUCACAGAAAAGAGCUUAGGAUUAGAACCGCUGGGUGACAAGGUAAUUGCAUAUUUUGCCGGGCGGAUGAUAUCUGAGGGAACUCUGCGGAGAAAUUCUGUUAUGCAAUUAUCUGGUGAUCAGGAUGUCAUAGCUUUACCUUUCAAACAAAAUGGGGUGCUAGUUGGUUGCAAGUACCGAACUUGCAGGGAGAAAAAAUUUUGGCAGGUGAAGGGCACACAGAAAUGGUUAUUUGGACUUGAUGACAUAAAGGAUGCUGAUGAAAUCAUCAUUGUUGAAGGUGAAAUAGAUAAGCUUGCAAUGGAGGAAGCUGGUUUCCUUAACUGUGUAAGUGUUCCCUGUGGAGCACCACAAAAGGUUUCUGCCAAAGAAUUACCACCACAGGAAAAGGAUACUGGAUAUCAGUAUGUAUGGAACUGCAAAGAGCACUUGGAUAAGGUUUCUCGCAUUAUCCUGGCUACUGAUGGUGAUAUACCAGGCCAAGCCUUGGCUGAAGAGCUAGCACGCCGUCUUGGAAAAGAGAGAUGCUGGCGUGUCCAGUGGCCGAAGAAGGACGAGUUCUGUUGCUUCAAGGAUGCGAAUGAGGUUCUCAUGUUUUUGGGUCGAGAUGCUCUGAAGGAAGUUAUUGACAAUGCAGAGUUGUAUCAGCUACAAGUUCCAGAGCAAGCAAUGCAAUGCGCAUAAAGCUCGUAUGAAACACAUUCAAAGAACUACAGGGUUUAUUUUCUUUCAUUUUUUUUCUUUUAAACGCUGUUUGUAUUCCAAAAACGGUCAGGUAGAUCUUCAAGGGUUGACUAUGAAAACUAAAAUGAUAAUUGGAAUCACAUGUUUAUGAACUUCUCUUGAAUCAACAGAAGUUUACUGCUAA